CUGAUCUAUACAAAUCUCUGAGUUUGUGUUAUCUUCUUCCAAAUACUCAAGGUUUCGUUUUCCUUUUACAUUUUUUUUCCCUGAAAAACAUCAUCGUGAAUCGUGAUCGUAUAUUAACUGGCCAAAUUAAUUAAUCCGAUGGACUCUUCAGCAAAGCCUGAACAAAUCAAUGUUAAAAUAGAUUUGCUUGGACGACGAUGCUUCCAAGAUUAUCAUGUACGAUUGUACAAAGCGGCCUUCAAUGGUGAUUGGAAAUCAGCUCAUGAAAUUUUUGUAGAAGACCCUAAGUGCUUCGCGGAAAUAAUUUCUAAAAAUGGAAAUACAGCAUUGCACAUAGCAGCAACGGCAGGGAAGCAUAUAUUUGUAAAAGAACUACUUGCACACGCCAAUUUAACGGAUACACAAUUGGUGCAGCCAAACAAAGCCGGAAAUACAGCUUAUUGUUUGGCUGCUGCUUCGGGUGUACUUGAUCUUGUGAAGGAGAUGGAGAAGCAUAACCCAAAUCUGCCUAACAUUGGCGGGAGCCUAGGCAAGAAACCAAUUCAAAUGGCCGCGGUGCAAGGCCAUGAGAAGGUGGUUGAUCAUCUCAUGACUCACUUUGACAAUUUGUCUCCUGAAGACCUCAUCAAUCUACUCAUCACUGUCAUCGAAAAAGAUUUAUAUGAUGUGGCUUUGAAGAUCCUAGAUGAAGAUGACGAAUUAGCCAUUAAGCGGGAUGGAAACGCGGUGUCACCAUUGCUCGCCUUGGCCAGAAAGACACCAGUAGUGAUGAGCAAAUUAAGUCAUCUCGAGUAUAUUUGCAAUGCAUUGAAAAACAAAUGGGGGAAGCAAGAGAAAGAUCAUAACCGCAAGCUAGAAUUGGUACAGCAAGUUUGGAAAAGAGUGAUAAGAGAAAGAGAUCAUAAGAAAAUCUCUAGUUUCUUAUGGUUUCCGUCGCCCGGGCUGCUCUUUGAAGCUAUAGAGGUGGGCAACAAUGAGUUCAUCGAAAUUCUUAUACGCGAGUACCCGGAUCUAAUAUGGGAAGUGGAUAAACAACAAAAAACCAUGUUUCAUGUUGCUGUUGAGUACCGUCAAGAGAAGAUCUUUAGUCAUAUUUUCCAUUUAAAAGAUGUUAACCAUUUGCUAACUGAAUAUGUGCAUCCCAUCACUAGAAAUAAUAUUCUUCAUUUGGCUUCCUCCUUACCUUGCCCUAAAAUUCUCAAUAAGGCCUCGGGUGCAGCUCUCCAAAUGCAACGGGAACUCUUGUGGUUUCAGGUAAUUCAUGCACUACCUCCUCCGUUGGACGGUUAUGAGCCACUUAAUCUACCCAGCUUUGUUAUUUCUGAUUUGUUGUUUGUUUUAGCUAAGUGUGGUGGCGAUUAA